UCAAUAAACAAAUAUAUGGCGCGAAAAAUGACAUGCAUCGCCCUCCAUGCAGCUCUCACGACAAUCCUCCUCGUCGCCACCUGUGUCAUAUCCGACACGCUAAUACCCGCCGACAAGUCACAAGUAGACGCGUGGUUUAAGAACAACGUGAAGCCGUUGACGGCGCGCCAGGGUAGUCUAGACCCUGCACUUGUGAAGGCCGAGGGAGCUCCUAGAAUUAUUUCGGUUUCCAAGAGCGGAGGAGGGAAUUUCAAGACCGUCUCCGACGCCGUCAAAAGCAUUCCGGAUGGGAACACGAGGCGUGUUAUUGUGCAUAUUGGAGGCGGACAAUACACCGAGAAAAUUACAAUUCCACGGAGUAAGCCGUUUAUUACUUUUUAUGGGUCGCCGGGGAGUCUGCCAACCUUGACAUAUUCCGGCAAUUCGGCGCAGUAUGGAACGGUGGAUAGCGCCAGCUUGAUUGUGCUAUCGGAUUACUUCACUGCCGCAAAUAUUAUUAUUGCGAAUUCUUCACCAAGGCCUAAUCCGAAACAAAAGGGAGGUCAGGCGCUUGCAUUUAGGAUCUCCGGCGACAUGGCUUCCUUCUACAACUGUAAAUUCAAAGGAUUUCAGGACACCGUCUGUGACGACAGGGGCAACCACUUCUUUAAGGAUUGCUACGUUGAAGGCUCUGUUGAUUUCAUAUUUGGAAGUGGCAAAUCUCUUUAUUUGAACACAGAAUUACGUGUACUUGGGGAUGAAGGACUGAUGGUGAUCGCAGCACAAGCAAGGAAAUCUUCGUCGGAAGACGACGGAUUCUCGUUUGUCCAUUGCAGCGUAACCGGCACCGGCGAUAGUGCAUUCUUAGGAAGAGCAUGGAUGGCAUACCCCAGCGUGGUUUACGCCUACACCACCAUGACCAGCGUUGUCGAUCCUCUUGGAUGGAGCGAUAACUUCCACCCAGAACGUGACAGUACCGUUUUAUUUGGAGAAUACAAGAACUCGGGACCCGGUUCUAAUCUUUCUAGACGCGCCAAGUUUAGCAAGCAAUUGGGUGACAAUGAAGCGAAAAAAUUCCUCAGCCUUGCCUAUAUCAAGGGUUCCUCAUGGUUGCUUCCUUCUCCAUCGAUGUGAAUA